UAUAUCUAUAAACUUAACUAAUUGUUUUUUAUAUAUGAACAUUUGUCAACGGUGUUAUUAAAUCUAUGAAUAUUUAUCAACAGUGUUUCACCAGCCUAUAAAAAAGAUCUGUUUAUCUUUGCUUUUAUUUAGACAAACUUGCUAUAGAUAUCAUGAGAAAGAGUAGUAGAGGGAGGCAAAGAAUUGAGAUGGUGAAGAUGAAGAAUGAGAACAACCUGCAAGUGAUGUUCUCGAAGCGACGCGCGGGGGUUUUCAAGAAGGCGAGCGAGCUCUGCACACUUUGCGGGGUAGAUGCAGCCAUUCUUGUCUUCUCUCCGGGGAGGAAGGUUUUCUCCUUCGGCCACCCUACCGUCGAGACUGUAUUGGAGAGGUUCCUAAGCGGGAAAGGUCAACCGGGCGGCGAGACAAGCGGCGGCGUUGGGGCGGAGCCGGCGGAUCAGCUGUUAGAGGCUCACCGGAGCGCGAGGGUGAGGGAGCUAAGCAUGGAGCUGACACACAUUGAGGGGAUGAUAGAGUUGGAGAAGAAGAGAAGCGAGGCAAUCGGUGAAUAUGCCGCCGCCGCGGCUGCCGGAGGUUGGACGCGAGCCGCCGCUUAUGAUCAGCUCGGCUUGAACCAGCUUACGGAUCUCAAGAACCGGAUGGAGAUUCUCCUCAAACAAACCCAUUCCGCGGCGGCUCACCAGCUCAUGCUCGACGGCUUCCCGCCGCCUCCACCGCUAGUUCCAAAUGAGUCUUGGUGUCUAUUAUUCAAUGCCGAAAAUGCCCCGCCAGGUGUUCGACAAUUUGUCUCCAUGGUGAGGAAGUGCAAGGGGAGGCAGAAGAUUGAGAUGACGAGGAUGUCAAAGGAGAGCAACCUUCUCGUGACGUUCUCGAAGCGCCGGUCCGGUCUGUUCAAGAAAGCGAGCGAGCUGAGCACCCUGUGUGGCGUGGACAUCGCCAUAAUCGUCUUCUCCCCCGGGAAGAAGGUCUUUUCUUUCGGGCACCCGAGCGUUGACUCGGUCGUUGACCGGUUCCUCGCCCGGAACCCUACCCCUCCCCAGCCCCCUCCUCCUCCCCAUCAGGCGGCGGCCGCGGCGGCCUCUUCGGCCGCCGCGACCUCCCAGCUCAUCGAGGCCCACCGGAACGCGAGCGUCCGGGAGCUGAACAUGCACCUGAUGGAGAUCUCGAGCCAGCUCGAGCUGGAGAGGAAGCGCGGGGAGGGGUUGACCAGGAUGAGGAGGGACAGCCAGGAGAGGUGCUGGUGGGAGGGGCCGGUGGAGGAGCUCCGGUGGCCGGAGCUGGAGCAGCUGAGGGCGGCGAUGGAGGAGCUGAAGGGCGGGAUUGGGCGGCAGAUAGAAAAGCUUGUCUUGGAAGCCGCCUCGAACCCUAAUAAUCUUCUUCUCUAUGGAGCUCCCAAAGGAUUAGGAUGUCUGAAUGGUUCAGCACUUAAUGGUUCAGACUGUUUGUUUCAGCGUCUUAAUGGUUCAGAUGUCUGAAUGGUUAAGAGAUUUGCCUCUGAAUGGUUAAGUAUUAUACAGAGUCUGAAUGGUUAAGACCUCUUAUCUGAAUUGAUCAGACAUUUGCCUCUGAAUAGUUAAGCAAUAUACUAGCUCUUAAUGGUUCAGACCUCUUACUGGUUCAGCACUUAAUGGUUCAGACCUCUUACUGGUUCAGCACUUACCGAUUCAGAAGUAGCCAAACAGCCCCUAAAUACAUCACAGUUAAAUCU